AUGAAUGGUGAAAUGAUUGAGCAUGCCAUUAAAAGUGGAAGAAUAGAUGGAGGGGAAAAUAAUAGAAGGGCAACCCCGAGGAAAAGAGAAAAUGAAGUGAAUAAUGUGAAUGCCUACGGUAGGUCAAUUACUGUGAAUCAACCAAAGAAAGCGGUUACUAAUCAACCGGGAUCGUCAAGACAAGAGUCGAGAGCUAGGCAAACUACUGAAAAGCCCCAAUUCACGCCAAUCCCAAUGUCAUACAAGGAAUUGUAUCAAACUUUAUUCAAUGCACAUGUUGUUGCCCCUCGUUACUUGAGUCCUCUACAACCCCCGUAUCCAAAAUGGUGUGACACGAAUGCACAAUGUGUUGUUAAACUUGACGACUCACCUAACGCAGAAAAUCUGUUACCUAAUCACGCUGAUAAGGGGGUGAAUAUGGUGAGCGAAGGUACGAGAGGAGAAGUCAAGUCUGACAUUGCUAAAGUAAAAACUCCGUUGAAACGGGUCUGGAAAGAGAUGGCAAAGAGAGGGGCUUUGGUUCAAAGCAUGAUGGAUAACAAGGAGAUGACGUUUUAUGAAGAGGCGGAAGAAAGGAGGAGCAUAUGCGCCGACAGUCGAGAACAGAACUCCAAAAUAAAUCAUCCUGUGGUCGUUAUCUCACGCCCUAAGGGUAAUGAAACUAGGGCUCAGCAAAAUGGUGCCGUGGAAUUAUGGGUGCAAUGUGACCAUCUUGGGAAAAGAAGCGGAAGAAAGCCAGGAAAUAGGUUUUACACACGCAAUAGGAAACGAUAUGACACUCAAGCAAAGUCGUCCAGGGAAGAGAAUUGGAAGAAAGAACAGAGGAAAAGAAAAGCAGCAGGAGUUGAGCCAUUGGUUAAUGAACCAAUAAAAGAAGAUGAGGCAAAAGAGUUUUUAAAGUUUCUGAAGCACAGUGAAUACAGUGUUGUGGAGCAACUGUACAAACAACCAGCCCGCAUUUCUGUAUUAGCUUUACUUCUAAGCUCAGAAAUACAUCGGAAUGCGCUUCUGAAGGUACUAAACGAAACAUAUGUGGCCGACGAUAUAUCGGUAAACAAGCUAGAUCGGUUGAUCAACAACAUAGGCGCUGACAAUUUUAUCUUCUUCAAUGAUGACGAAAUACCAUCUGGAGGAAGGGGUUCCCUGCACGUUACUGUCCGAUGCAAAGGAUACACACUCCCGGGAGCCCUGGUUGAUAAUGGAUCUGUACUGAAUGUAUUGCCUCUAUCCACUCUUGGUCGAUUACCGGUGGACAGUUCGCACAUGAAAGCAUGCCAGAGUAUAGUAAGGGCAUUUGAUGGAACGGAAAAGAAGGUUAUGGGGAGAAUUGAGGUACCGUUAAGGAUUGGCCCAAUCACUUAUGAGGUGGACUUCUUGGUAAUGGAUAUUAGGCCUUCCUACAACUUUUUAUUGGGAAGACCGUGGAUACACUCAUCGGGGGCAGUACCUUCAUCAUUACAUCAGAAGGUGAAGUUGGUAUCGGAGGGUCGGUUGGUAACAAUAGAUGCAGAGGAAGAUAUUAUCGCAAUGAUGACCAGUGAUGCACCUUAUGUGGACAUCAACGAUGAUGCACUGGAAUGUUCUUUUUGGUCGUUAGAAUUUGUGAACGCGAUGUUUAUUGCGAGGGAAGCAGAAUUCCAAUACCGAAAAUAUCCAGGACCACCGAAAUGGGGUUGCGGUUGA